UCGGAAGGACGAGAUACAAAAAGUGCAUAAAGGGUUUAAUCACGAUAUCUUCGCAAAUUCAGGGAGGAUUUUAAGUCUUUUUUUGACGAUACCAAAACAAAAAGGGGUUAGUUCUCCAUCGCGAGCGUAUAAAAGGCGAUAUAUUUGAUCCAGCAGAGCCUCAGAAAGAAAGAAAAAACAUCUGAACGUGGAUAUAUAUUAGUAUAUAAAGAGAAUUGAGCAAAAAUGGCGACCGCGACGACCAUCAAAGAGGCUAUUAUUCGUUUCGAGGAGGGUGAGUACAACCGUCGGCUGCACGCCGCGCCGCCCGGAACCGAUCCGGAGAGCAUCCACAAGGUGGUUGCCGCGGAAGAACCAAAGGUUUUACUGAUUGGGAUGCUUCCCCCCAUCGUGAAGAUGGAUAAGGAUAUCACUCAGCUCAAGGCUUGCGUACACCUAGGGCUUAGCACGAAUGCGAUUGAAAAAAUAGGUCCUGGUUUAAAGGAGCUGAAAAAUCUGCGAAUCCUUUCCCUCGGGCGCAAUAACAUUCGCAAGCUGGAGCAGCUUGAUAUCCCGCAUCUCGAACAGCUGUGGAUCUCUUACAAUAAAAUUGACAAGCUCACCGGGUUGGAUAAGCUCAAGAACUUACGGAUUCUAUACAUGAGUAAUAAUUUGGUGAAUAGCUGGACGGAAAUCGACCGACUAUCAAAUCAAUGCCCAGAAUUGGUGGAUGUUCUUUUUGUGAAUAAUCCUAUUUAUAAUAGCGCGCCGAGCACGCAGGAGUAUCGAUAUAUGAUGCUGCAGCGCCUGACCAAGCUUACCUGUUUAGACGGCAUACCAGUGGAUCCAGAGGAGAGAGAAGAGGCGGAUCGACGGCGUUAA